GAGAGAGGGAGGGGGAGAGCUGGCAGUAUGCAGAGGGCACUGCCCACCGCAGUCCCCGCAGAUGUGCGUCCUCUGCUCUGCAGAUCGCAGUCGCACGACAUCGCCGCCACCCGCAGCCCUUUUGCCUACAAAUUGAGGCAGGAACCGCUGGUUUCGGGGUCGCUCGGGCGGAACCUGGAAAGGACAUGUACUGGGGAGUGGGUUUCGCCUCGUCCAGGUCGUGCGUGGUUGAUCUGAGCAGGAAUCAGAGCUUCUCCCUGGGACUGUGCGGCACCGACGACCACUAUUCGUUUUAUGGAUACAUAAUCACUUUUCCUUUGCAGGACUACUGUGCCAUCAUGUCAGGGCUGGGAGCAGAGUCCUGGUGGAAGAAGACGCUGUGUCUGACCGGGGGAGCGCUGCUGGCAGCCGCCGCGUAUCUCCUACACGAAUUGCUCGCCAUCAGAAAAGAACAAGAAAUUGAUUCAAAAGACGCAAUUAUUCUGCACCAAUUCUCACGAUCUGAGAGUCGGAUUCCUAGUUUAUCACCAUUUUGUUUGAAGUUGGAAACGUACCUUCGAAUGGCAGAUUUGCCCUACCAGAAUUUCUUUGAUGGAAAACUCUCUCCUCAAGGAAAAAUGCCAUGGAUUGAAUAUAAUCACCAAAGAGUAUCGGGUACUGAGUUCAUUAUUGAAUUUCUUCAAGAAAAACUCGGAGUUAACCUAAACAGAAACCUGGAGCCGAAUGAAAAAGCUGUCUCAAGAGCUAUAAUAAAAAUGGUUGAAGAGCACUUCUAUUGGACCCUAGCCUAUUGUCAGUGGAUUGACAACCUCCAGGAGACUCAGAAGAUGCUCUCUGUCUCAGGCCCAUUCAGCAGCUUCGUGAAGUGGAUACUCUGUCACCUAACAAGAGGGAUUGUCAAACGGGAAAUGUAUGGUCAAGGCAUUGGUCGCUUCUCAAAGGACGAAAUAUACAUGUUAAUGGAAAAGGAUAUGCGAUCCCUCUCGGUCAUUUUAGGUGAUAAGAAAUACAUAAUGGGCCCAAGACCUUCCACAGUGGAUGCAGCUGUGUUCGGACACUUGGCUCAGGCAAUGUGGACUCUUCCAGGAACUCUGCCGGAGAGACUGAUCAAAGGUGAGCUACUUAAUCUUGCCUUGUACUGUGAAAGGAUCAAGAGGAAGUUCUGGCCAGAGUGGAAUGAAGAGAGUGAAGACGCUUCAUAUGAAAAUGAGGAUGAAUCCAGUGAAGACAGUCUGACUCCCACACCACUCCAAGAUUUCAGCUAUUAUUCCCACACAGAAACAUUUGAUGAAGAAAUGACAGAGAACAGUGUUUCCUAUUCACAGACUCCAGACACCGAUUACACGGGCCACUCGCUCUUUGACUCAGAUGUGGAUAUGGAAGACUACACAGAUAAUGAGCAAGGCAAAUGAAAUGAACUGAAGAAAGUUUUAUGUUGGGGGGAGGGUAAGCAUAUGUAUGAUCUGCACCUUACACAGUAAACUGAUUUAAUGUGGAGAUUACUAGAGAUCACUCAAUACAGGUAUUGUUAUUUGGACCAAUGUGAUGAUGUUGAGCAGUGUUGAGUUAAGACAAAUAUUCCUUUAUGCCAAUAAAGCCUAUUCUUCUUUAAUGUA